AAAAUGCAUGACAUCUUGCAUGUGCUGCAUGAGGCCGGCAUGCCCUGAAGCCACUCUGUAUGCUUUAAUUUAGCUUCGAAAACGAUUGGGUGCCCGGCUAGGCAGACGCCCGAGCACUAUAUACGAAGCCUCAUUUGCCUAUAACUUACUGCAAAACAUGCGCUGAGUCGAUAGGUGUAGUCAUUGCGUAUAAAAAGGGGAGCACCACCCUUCGAUCUAGUUUGGCGACAAUUCGCAUCAUCACGUAUAUAUUUCAAUCCUCCAUUGGUGUAAAUUAAUAUUUAGACUAUGGAACCUAGCUUAAAUACCUAUAAGGCAACGGGCACCGCAAACAACACAGUAUUACCUCAAGCUGUUUCCACUCGUUGUCCACGCGAGGAUGAUGCGUCGACUCUCCAGAAUGAUGACCAAGAGGCAGACUUGAAUGCGGUCGCCAUGGAAAAAAAGACAGCUCAUUCGGCAAACUCUCGAAUCAACAGCCGUAUUUCUAUGAUUGUAUUCGAAGCCUGGGAGGUCAUCUCUGUACGGCCUACCAUCGAGCUGACAGCUUUCAAGCGCAUCCUUGGUAUGAAAUUUGUUUCCAGUUACAAGACAAUGAAAGACGGUUAUACGGGAGUUCGGGCGAUGCCAUCAUACUCCCAAGUCGAGCUGGCGCACAUGGUUGCUACGGCAGAGGACGACUGGACUGCUCGAUAUUGUGGCCUCGGGCGUUUCGUAAACUCAGACACGUAUGGCCAAGAUUUGGCAAAACGUAUCUUUGAGCUCCCAGGCUGCCUCCCAUCCAAGCUUGGCGCCCUCUUAGACUGCCGUUACGUCGCAACCAAUAGGAACCCCCAUGUUCGGCGCGAAUGGAAAAUAGUCUUGCUGGAGCCUAUCGCCAAUGCUCUGACGGAUGACGGACAGCAACCAUGUAACCAUGGAUCUCGGAAGAAGGGCUGCAGUGAACAGAAGUACCCUGUUCAGAAGUGGCUGGUAGUUCUUCGCGGACGAGACGCCAGAGUCAGCGAGAGAGCCUUCCAGGCAUUCAACACGAUGUCUAACCCAUGGUUCAAGGUGGACGAGAGACCACACAGCGGUAUAGGGAAUACUACGGAACAGCACAAGGAGUCAGGGGGUCAGCAAUAGAGCCAGAAGUGGAUGGAAAUGGACCUAUGCCGAUAGGCAUUAUUGCAUUUCUUGUCAGCCGAUUGAAGCAGCAUUUCACUCUCCUUAUCUCUCGGCCGUCAGGCUUGUCAUUCUCGUUGUCUCCACGUCGCGAUCAUUCAUGUAAGUAAGAUGUAAGAGCUCACACGCAGCCCAUAAUAUAAACCAUAUUGUCUGGUUCACCAAUAAGAAGAUCUUGGGGUUCCCCUCUCGGUGGUAAAAGAAUGCACGUCAUUUCGCGGAUACGGUGACAUUCUCAUAUGUUCGGAUCGCGGCAGCUUGAUAUGCCACCCCCGCAGUCUAAUUCAGCUCCAUUAUUUUCGGUGACGAGACAAAGUUCCACAGGGGCUUGAACAGAAGUUCCAGGCAUACCAAGGUGAAGCCAAAAAGAACAUAUUAUGUUGAGUUUGAAGAUGCAGAAACUGAUGGAGAGGUAGGUAUCGAUGGUAGGGUCGCAUUCUUGGCGUUGGUAACCACACAGCUUCAGCUAAUAAGCCCG